GAGAAGGUAAGACAAUUAAAUCUUGUGGCUACUCAAAUAUACAACGCCGACGAAUCGGCUCUCUACUGGAAAAUGUUGCCGGAAAAAACGCUGGUUCGUUCCCAAGAGAAGACCGCACCAGGUCGAAAAAUAAGCAAAGAACGGGUAACAUUUUUAGCUUGUUGCAAUGCAAAUGGGUCACAUAAACUAAAGAUGCUAGUGAUAGGAAAGGCAAAAAAUCCACGGGCAUUUAAAAACGCAGACAUUCCUGUUGAAUACAAAUCCUCUGCUAAUGCAUGGAUGACUACAAAAAUUUUUAUAGAAUGGUUUCAUCAAUCAUUUAUACCUCAGGUUAGGAGGCAUUUAAGAAGUCAUAAUUUGCCUGAAAAAGCGCUGUUAAUCAUAGAUAAUGCCUCAAGUCAUGGAACUGUAAAAGAGCUGACUAGUGAAGAUGGAAGAUUCACAACAUUAUUCCUCCCACCAAAUUGUACAGCACUCUUGCAGCCUAUGGACCAAAAUGCCAUCAGACUGACAAAAUUAUUUUACCGAAAAAGCCUUUUAGCCCACAUUUUAUCAAGUAACGAAAACAGCAUUGUUACGUUGUUAAAAACUCGUAACCUAAAAGAUGCAGUAUGUCUGCUAUGCAAUGCUUGGGAAAAGGUCUCUUCUGAAGUCUUGCAAAAGUGCUGGAACAAAAUUAUGUCCGAUAACGAUGAAGACAUUGAAUAUGAUGAUGAAGAUCUAAUUCCUAUAAGUGAAUUACGCCGUAAUCUGUUUUCUUUGGAUGGAGAUAUGGAAGAUGUUAUUUUAGAGACUGGCAAGUAAUUAAGAUAAGUCGAAUUGACCAGCUUCUUUUGACAUUAAUGAAAUUGAGAUUGAACUUAUUGAAUGACGAUUUGGGCCCUCGUUUCAAUAUUAGCCGUGAAACAGUAGCCAAUAUCUUUAAAACGUGGUUAUUUGCUUUGUAUGAAAUUUUGUAUUUACAAUUAAUGCAAGCAAUUCCA